UACCAUGGUCGGAGUGCUGGCCAUGGCUGCGGCGGCGGCGGCUCCGCCCCGAGCGCCCGGCAAGGACUUGGAUGUCCAGCCAUGCAAGAAGCAAAGGAAAGAAGAUGAUGGAGCUUCCUGUAAAACCAUUACUGAAUAUAUGUCACCAAUAAGGAAGACUGGAGACAAAGUUUUCUCCCCACCAAAAUCUAAUAACAUCUUGGAUUACUUUAAAAGGACUUCACCCAUAAAUGAAAAGCCUUCUAUAUCUAAGGAGUGCAAGAUACAGUCAUCUAAACCAUUGCAUGUUGAUGAUAGCAAAGAAUGGAAAACACUUUUGAACAGUCCCUCCAAUUUAGAGCCUAAGUCAAGGGGAAAGAGAAUUAAUUUAUCUCAACAACUGAAUGAUAUUAAAAAAUUGGAAAAUGAACCCAUAAUAAUUAGUAGUGAUGACAGCAGAGAAGAAACAAGCUUCGAUAAUGUUUUUGUGGGUAGUGAUAAUGAUACUUCUGCUUUACUUACCCUGAAAAAUGUAGAGCCCGCCUCAGGAGGUAGUUACAGUAACAAAAAGCAAUCAAGCACCAUGUCCUCUCAAAAAGAUAAAAAGAAAGUAAACUCUGAACAAAGCAUCACAAAAAAUGACUGCAAAAAAUUAAGGAAAAGGAAGCACAAAGAUGAUAAAAACCAACCUAGAAAUUUAUCAUUAGAAAAAGAAUCCAGCCAACAAUCCAAAAAGGAACCCUCAGACAAUAAGCAAGGAACCGGGCGAAAAACUGAUGAAGUUGUGGAUCCUAUAAGUGAUUCCAGCCCUGGAGUUCAUGUGUCCGAGACAGCCCAGGUAAAUGAUAAUACAGUAACUGUAUCUUAUGAAGAAUUUUUAAGAAGUCAGGAAGAAAACCCAUUGGAGUGCAUACAAAGACCAAAAAUAUCAGCUUGUAGUCAUUCUGAUACUGCUGAUGAAGUUGAUAAAAGUGGGAGCACUAGUGAUCUUGAAACCAGUGAAAGUUCCCAGCAGCUGCCCCUUAAAACAGUGACUGUCCUUGCACAAAUCCAUGCUGUGCCACCAAAGCCUCUUUCAAGGAUAAAGGGGAAAAGAACUCUGAAAAUACCAUCAAUUUUCUUGAAACAAAAGGAAAGUGAAAUUGCAAAUAAUCUUCCCGAGCCUGAAAAUGAACAGACAGUUCAGAAAAGAAAAUCCAAUGUAGUUAUAGCAGAGGAAGAAUUAGAGUUGGCUGUAUUAGAUGCUGGAGGCCCUGAACCCACAAAGCCAAAAUGUACUGUGGAAGAAAGACAGCAGUUCAUGAAUGCUUUUAGGCAACCUGCAUUUGAUACUGUUAAAAGUGGAGUUAAAAAAUCCUUGGAAAGACAGAAAGAUGCUCAGGAAAAAUCUUUGAAAGAGGAAGGGGGUAAAGAUGACUCAGUUAAAGGAACAGAAUGUCCUGAAAUGCAGAAAGAUUCAAAUAAUGACAGUUCACAGCCCUGUGAUCCUAAAGGAAGCCCAGCAAAAGGAAAAAGAAAAAAGCUUCGGAAAAAGCAUAAGAGAAUAUUGGCAAUUGAGAAUGCUGCUAAGGAAGAAAAUACCUCGUGUGAUGUAAAUAUUAAGCAAAGUCCAAAUGGUAUCAGAAGAAGUCUGAGGCAACAGAAAACAGAAGCUUCCAAAAGUGCUCUCUUUCUUAGCAUUACAAGCGCCAUUUCUGAAGACAUCUCAGGCCACCGUCCUUUACAUGUUUCCACUCCCAAAGCCAGCCGUAAAUCAUCAAGAAAAAUCACCACGCCAGUAAAGAGUGUCGGAGUUACAUAUCCUAAAGACGUUUUAGAUGAUGGCCUGGUAAAUGAUUUCACUCCAAAAUCGACCCGAAAAUCUUCCCAAAAAAGCAUGGUAAUAAUUAGAGACACUGAUUCUGAAGAUAUACAAGUUGACAGUCCUAGAAAGGUUUCCACUAAAGCAGCUGCCAGCACAUCUUUGGAAGAGCAUGGCUUGUAUGUGGCUGAAUUGAUAACAGUGCCCUUUGAUUCAGAGAGCCCUAUUAGGAUGAAAUUUACCAGAAUUAGUUCACCCCCCAAAUCCAAGAAAACAGAAACAGAUGAUGAUUUUGCUCCCAAGAGCAGAAAGGCAAGCAGUGUUUCUAAAAACAUAUCAAAGGCAAAGCAGUUGAUUGAAAAAGCCAAAGCCAUACAGCAGAGCAAGUCAAAGAUGAAUGAAGAGCGGUCAGCCCCUCUGCGGCGUUCCUCUAGACAACAAGUUCUUACUGAAAGGAAAAAGUUAUCAGAGACAGAUCAUUCAGUUAUAAUUGUAGAUUCAAGUCCUGCUUCUUCACAGAGUGCAGAGAACAAACAGAAGGAAAUCCAGUGUUUGAAUGAUGUGCUGGGGAAAAAAAUGAACAACACUACUAAGGAUUGCCGGGGAAAAAUAAAAGUGGCUCCUCUGUUCCUGCCUAAAAAACCUCAGAAAACAGCUGAACCUGUUGUAAUUUUCGAUGAUAACAGUCAAGAUGUAUCUGAAAACUCCCAGGAUGAUGAGCAAUUUAAAGCAAAGCGUGAGUUUCUCAUGAGUGGCUUGCCGGAUUCGUUGAAACGCCAUAUUGCAAAGAAAGCAGCUGCCUUAGAAGCCUACUCUUCCACAAGUUCCUGUUUCCAGACAGUCGUUCAUAUACAGCAACGGGACAACUGGAACCGUUUGUGGAGCUUGAUACCCCCUUCAUGCCCUCUCUUAACUGAUCUUAAAGAUCCGAAUACCAGUGUAACCAAUGUCACCAAACACGUCAUUGCCCUGGGUGAAUUUUCAGCUCUGAAUUCCAGACCCAGCACCACUAAUUCUACAGUUGCGUUGUUGGGAGCAAGAAAAGAUUUUACAGAAGAAAUAAGGAAGAUUCUGCUGGAGGAAAUUAGGUGGUCUAAUCCUCAGUUUCCUUUAAAAAGAUUUUUUACACAGUUUUUAAAAAAGCGAACUGAGCACCAGGCACUUUUUGGAUGUCAGAAUAAACAAGGACAUCUACAAAUAAAAUCCAUUGACAGUCAAAGGGAAGCCAAGAGGAAAAGAGGAGAGAGUGAAAACCACAAAUCAAAGAGGAGAAAACCAGGUGAAUGUGAUGAGGACCUAAUGAGGAAGGACUUACCCGAGGGGCUCUCCCCCAGCAGAAGGUGGGGCAUUGGCUCAUCCGAGGGCAAGAGGGAGGCUGGCCAAGGACAGUGUUCCGGAACCUCCAAGAAAAAGCAGGGGGCUUUGAGAAGUGUGACAUGUAAAGAAGAAAAGAACACAGCCCAGGAUUCUGAUGUUGUGAUAAUAGAAGAAGAUAAAAAAUUUCCAUCAGAGGGAACAUCCAGCUCUGAGUCUGGAAUUGAGGAUGUGCUCUGGACAGAAAAAUAUCAACCUCAGGACUCCAGGGAACUCCUAGACAAUGAAAGAGCAAUUCAGAAGUUACACAGUUGGUUGAAAGACUGGAAAAGAAGAGCUGAAUUGGAAGAAAAAGGAAAUUUGAAAGUCAGAAGUGAUAACAAAGAACAAGAUCUCUCAUUCAGCAUGGAUUUUAAGGACAUUUAUGAUGAUGAAGAAGAGAAUUCCCUUUGUAAUACUGUUCUUAUCACGGGGCCACCAGGAGUAGGGAAGACUGCUGCAGUCUAUGCUUGUGCUCAGGAGCUUGGCUUUAAGAUAUUUGAAGUUAAUGCUUCUUCCCAGCGCAGUGGUAGACAAAUUCUCUCUCAACUCAAAGAAGCUACUCAGUCUCAUCAAGUGGACAAACAAGGUGUAAAUUCCCAUAAGCCUUGUUUCUUUAACAACUACAGCAUAGGCAGAUCACCCAAAGAAUUAAGCUCACCUAAGAAAGUUCUCACAUCGCCAAGGAAACCUCCACUUUCACCAAGAGUCACAAAACGAGGACUCCCCCCCAAAACUUUGGCAAAUUAUUUUAAGGUGUCUUCCAAACAAAGUAAUAAUGAAGUGAUGAAACCCCAGAAGAAUAAUAAAGAAAUUAUUUCUUCUGAGGAGAAACAAGAAACUCAAACAAAAAGGACAAACAUCUCCAGCUCAAAUGUCAAGGAAUUAGGAGCCGAGGAAUCCAACCGGAAAAAUGCAACAUCUCUCAUUCUUUUUGAGGAGCAUUUAACCCUGUUGACCUGUGUUCCCAUACGCCCUCUCAUCUUUGGGUUUUGGAGACCCUCUUCUCUUAUUCUCCUCUUCGCCGUCGUCUGUCUGUCUGAGCACUGCUUUGGGGCCGUCCUUGUAGACGCUAUGGUUCACAACCUCAGAGCCAUCCUGCACCUCUCCCUCUUGGCCUCAUCCAGUGGCCCCCCCCACGUCCAAUCAGGUGCCAUGUCUGGUUGGCUCUUGUGUGGUCCCUUCAUUGCACUGUUUUGUUCAGUGGUCUCCUUGCCUCUGAUCUGCCCUUGCCCCAUUCACCUCCUACACAGCUGCUACCUUGCUAGUCCUCAAACGCAGGUCUGA